AUGGCGGACAGAUCCAUGCCCUCGUCUUUCGACGACAACAGAUAUUUAGCUCACGAAGGCAUAAAUAGGGAAUACAAUGAAACCGGGUUCCAGAAGAUCGGCCGCAAACUGCGAGAGGAGCCUCUAAUCCCUCUCGGAACCCUCCUUACCACACUCGCCGUGUACAAUGCCUGGCGCGCCAUGCGCCGCGGCGACCACGCCCAAGUGCAACGGAUGUUCCGGGCGCGCAUCGGCGCGCAAGCUUUUACAGUCAUGGCCAUAGUUGCGGGAGGCACCUACUACGGCGCGGACCGGGAUAAGCGCAAAGAGCUAAUUAAACUUGAGGCCCAGCAGCGCGCCGAGGAGCGCCACCAGAAGUGGCUGAAGGAGCUUGAGGUCCGUGACGAGGAGGACAAGCAAUUGAAGGCAGCGAUGAAACGCCGGCAGGACCGCGUGCAGCAGCGGCGGACGGAGGAGCGGGAGCGGGUUGCUGUGGAGGAAGGGGAGAUGGAUUCGGAUGUUGGAGAAGAGGGGGAGAAGAAGGACGGUGGGUCGAAUGUGUUAGGUGCUCUGUCGAGUGCUGGUGGUUGGUUUGGAACGAAGAAAAGCGAGAAUACGACGACAUCUGAGCAAAGUAAAGCCCGAGAGGGAGGCUCGGAAAAGAAAGCUUAA